AUGUACUCUUUCUUUUCAAUUCCUUCUUACAGCUCAACAUCCCCAUCCUUUGGUUUUCUUUUUGACAUUGAUGGUGUACUGGUACGAGGAAAAACUCCAAUUCCUGCCGCAAAAACAGCCUUUCAAAAGCUAGUUAAUUCUCAGGGACAAUUCUUGGUGCCUGUAGUAUUUGUCACCAACGCAGGGAAUUGCCUUCGCCAGAAAAAAGCUGAUCAGUUGUCUCAUCUCCUGGGAGUUCCAAUUUCACAAGAUCAAGUGAUGAUGUCGCACAGUCCUCUGCGGAUGUUCAAACGUUAUCAUGAAAAAUGUGUUCUUGUAUCUGGACAAGGACCACUUCUUGAUAUUGCUCAAGACCUUGGUUUCUGUCAACCUAUUACCAUUGAAACACUGCGGGAGAAACACCCUUUGCUAGAUGUAGUUGACCAUGACAGAAGACCUAACAUUCUGUACCCCUCUGCUGUGGAGCUUCCCAAGAUUGAGGCUGUUGUUUUAUUUGGGGAGCCAGUCAGAUGGGAAACCAACCUUCAGUUGAUAAUAGAUGUUUUGCUGACAAGUGGCUAUCCUGGAAAACCCUAUCACCAUGAAAAUUACCCUCACAUUCCUGUACUUGCUUGUAAUAUGGAUCUGAUGUGGGUAGCUGAAGCACAGUCUCCAAGGUAA